CGGAGCGGCUGAGCGUGUGGGCGGAAGCGCGCGUCACACGUGCAUCCUGCGGGAGCCCGGUCCGGGAGCGCCAUGGACCCGCUGCGGGCCCAGCAGCUGGCGGCCGAGCUGGAGGUGGACAUGAUGGCCGACAUGUACAACCGGAUGACGCAGGCGUGCCACCUCAAAUGCGUGCCCCCCCACUACAAGGAGGCGGAGCUGUCGAAGGGCGAGAGCGUGUGCCUGGACCGCUGUGUGGCCAAGUACCUGGAUGUCCACGAGCGGAUGGGCAAGAAGCUGACGGAGCUGUCGCUGCAGGAUGAGGAGCUCCUCAAGCGCAUGCAGCAGGGCACUGGCACCGCCUGAGCCCUUCCUUUCAGACCCCCCCCUUCCCACCACACCAAUAAACUGGAGGCUCUGG